AUGAGGUCUACAGCGUAUGCGUCGGAGCAGAGCAAUGAAGAAGCGUUGAGUCAAUUGGAGGAGAGGGCUAGACUAAUCAAAGAGUUAACCAAAGACAUACAUGGCGAGGUUCAGUCACAAAAUCGUUUCCUGGAUGGCAUGGGACUGGAAAUGGACUCUGCUCGAAGAAUGCUUGCUGGAACAGUGGAUCGCUUCACGAAAGUGUUCAGUUCCAAGCAGAAUCGGGGCUUGGCAGCCGUGCGAGGCUGUCUGGCGGUCAAAUUCGAGGUCACGGCCUACUCGAAAUGUUUAGGGGAGGAGAUUCAGGAGGGAACCCUCGUUGUAGGAACAUAUUCAAUCGUAAAGCACGACUCUCAUGGGAACCGGCUGGACGAAACCGGCAGGGUCACAGCUAAGGUGACGUCACCGUACGGGCAUCAGCUGCACUGGCAGGACAGUGUGGAAGAGGGGCAUUUCGGAUUCACAACCAAGGAGACGGGCCAGUACAUGGCGUGCUUCUGGCUACCCGUGGAUCAUCCGCAAGAGAUCCACAGCGUCAUGGUUGAGCUUGAAUGGAAGAUUGGUGUAGCAGCCAAGGACUGGGGCAAAAUCGCCAAGAAGGACAAACUCGAUGGUAUCGCCCUGGAGCUUCGGAAACUGGAUGAGGCAGUGAGAUCUAUUCGAGGGGAGAUGGCCUACUUUCGCAAGAGAGAGUCAGACAUGCGUGAUUUGAACGAGGUGACGAAUUCGAGGGUGGCUUGGCUGAGCAUCGUGUCGCUGCUGGUGUGUGUGAGCCUGGCUGCCCUGCAGCUCUGGCACCUCAAGGCUUUCUUUGAACGCAAGAAGCUGUUGACGCAGCUUGGCAUUAUGGCGGAGGCGAAGCGGGUGCGCUUGGGUUUCGUGGGCGCGGGGCAGAUGGCGGAGGCGCUGGCGCGGGGGAUGAGCGCCGCGGGGGUGGUAGCAGCGAGCGACAUGAGCGCCAUGGAUCUGAGUCAGGAGCGACUGGCGGUAUUCGCGGAGAUGGGUGUAGCUGCUAAGACGACGUGCAAAGAGCUUGCAGCAGCCAGCGAUGUGAUCUUCAUAGCAGUGAAGCCCCACACAGUGCAGGCAGUGCUGUCAGAACUGAGGGACAGCGCCGCCAUCACAAGCACCCACCUGGUUGUGUCAAUUGCCGCGGGGGUCACGAUUGCAAACUUGCAGCAGUGGGCGGGUGACGAGGCGAAGAUUGUGCGAGUCAUGCCGAACACUCCUUGUCUAGUGGGGGCGACAGCAGCAGCCAUGAGUCUCGGAGGCAAGGCGACAGCAGAGGAUGCAGCAUUGGUGAGGCGCAUGUUCGAAGCGGUGGGGAAGAUUCAGCAGGUGGAGGAGAAGCUUCUGGAUGCCGUCACUGGGCUCAGUGGCAGCGGCCCAGCAUAUGUCUUUAUGGCGAUAGAGGCAUUGGCGGAUGGAGGGGUGGCUGCCGGCCUGCCCAGAGACGUUGCUCUCUCACUCGCCGCUCAAACCGUGUACGGAUCUGCAAAAAUGGUGUUGGAAACCGGCAAGCACCCCGGCCAACUCAAAGACUCUGUGGCCUCUCCUGGAGGUACAACGAUUGCAGGCAUCCAUGCUCUAGAGAAGGGAGGAUUCCGAGCUACGUUGAUGAACGCGGUGGUUGCAGCCACGGAAAGGAGCAAAGAGUUGUCUAAGAAUGGCGGGAGUGGCAGCGGAGCAGGAGGUGCAGGAGGCGGGGGAGCAACCGGGGCGGAAGGAGAGGCGGAGGCAGAGGCGGAAGAAGAGGCGGAAGCAGAGGGGGACGCAGAGGCGGAAGAAGAGGCGGAAGAAGAGGCGGAAGGAGAGGAAGCAGGAGAGGAGGAAGGACCGGAUGAAGGGGGGGAAAGCGAGGAGGAUGAGGAGAUGGAGGGGGAAGAGAAGGAGGACGGAGCAGAAGGGGAAGAGGGAGAGGAAGAGGGAGAGGAUGAGGAGGGAGAGGAAGGGGGAGAGGAAGAGGAGGGAGAGGAGGAAGAGGAAGAGGAGAGGGAGGAGGGCGAGGAGGGCGAGGAGGGGGAGGAGGGGGAGGAAGAGUAUAUGCCCGCCAAAGCUAAGCCGCUCCCUCUAAAACUCGGCCCCGGUGCUGACGUGGCAAGGGGCAAGUCUGACGUAGUGAGGGGGAAGAGCACCGGCAUCCGGGGAGUCACUGUUGCAACGACUGGGUCGGCACGAAUCGUCUUGCGGGAAGCUUCCGAACUGGGCGGCAUCAGAAGCACGACCGGGAUUCGAUUGUCGGUUAUCAAGGAGAAAGAGAAGGAGGGAGGGCAAGGGGGAGGAGGUAAGGGAGGGGAGGGAGGAGAGGGGAAAGGGAGCGUGGGAGGAGGAGGAGGUGGAAGAGGAGGAAGGGGAGGUGGGGAAGGGGAAUCGGGAGGGAAGGGGAGGGAGAAGUGGGUGGAGGGGCAGUUGCAGGUGCCUCCAAAGGACCCUCACAAGCUGGCUCAGAUUGCACGCAAGAACAAACCCAACACUGCUGGACCCAAAUGGUAUGACCUUCCUGCACCGGAUAUAACUCCCGAGAUCAAGACAGAGCUUCAGCUGCUGCGGAUGAGGAAUGUUCUCGAUCCCAAGAGACAUUAUCGAUCGGCAGAUUCUAAGAAGCUUCCUACACACUUUCAGAUAGGAACAGUGGUGGAGGGAGCAGCAGACUUUUACAGCAGCAGGCUGACACGGAGGGAGAGGAGGCAGAGCUUUGCAGCAGAGCUGCUGCACGACGAGGAUCUUAAGAAGUACAGGAAGCGCAAGUUCCUGGAAAUAGCGGAGGAGAAUCAGCGCAAGGGCAGGAGGCAUCUGGUGAAGAAGCAGGACAGGAAGAACCCCACAUGGGCCAGGGCAGCGCCGAAAUGA